CUAUACAUGUCAACCAAUAUACUUUGAUGCUACGUACAACGAUUUUAAUUUCUUGAAAAAUCGAGAUCAUGUCACAUAUGCAUCUAUCCAUAUAUGUCCAAGAAUUAAAGAUCCCAUCCCUCCAAAGUUUUUGAAAACAAAACCAAAUCCUUCAACUUAAAUAGAUAUGAAAUCAAAAAUUCAAAUUCAAAAUCUAGAAAUGGGUUGGUUCAAGUGUGUUAUAUAAUUGGAGUGGGUAGCUUAUUGGUGGGUGAGUUGGGUUGGGUACAAUAUUUGAAGACCUUACAUACAAAAAGCAAAUUAAAGAAGCAAACGUUAUUUAAUUUUUUUUGUUCUUGUUACAAAAUUAAUUUAAUAAAUAAAAAGUUGUGAAUAUCUGUCUUCUUCUUCAAUACUCUCAUAAUCCCUCAAAACUCCAAAUUCCCAAGCAUUUGAAAUUAAUAGCAGCAACAAAAGGAGUUUUACGACGCCGUUGUUGAGUUUUCCGGCGCCGGUAAUAGAAUGAGUGCUUCUAGGUUCAUUAAGUGUGUCACCGUCGGCGACGGAGCCGUCGGAAAAACUUGUAUGCUUAUCUCUUACACCAGUAACACUUUCCCCACUGAUUAUGUACCAACAGUGUUUGACAAUUUCAGCGCCAAUGUGGUAGUGGAUGGGAGCACAGUAAAUCUAGGGUUGUGGGAUACUGCUGGUCAGGAAGAUUACAAUAGACUGAGACCAUUGAGCUAUAGAGGGGCCGAUGUAUUUCUUCUUGCAUUUUCUCUUAUCAGCAAAGCCAGUUAUGAAAACGUUUCGAAGAAAUGGAUUCCUGAAUUGAGGCAUUAUGCUCCUGGUGUGCCAAUUAUUCUUGUUGGAACAAAGCUAGAUCUUCGAGAUGAUAAGCAAUUUUUUCUAGACCAUCCUGGGGCAGUGCCGAUCACAACAGCCCAGGGAGAAGAUCUGAAAAAGCAGAUUGGAGCAGCCGCUUAUAUUGAGUGUAGUGCAAAAACACAGCAGAACAUAAAGGCUGUGUUUGAUGCUGCAAUCAAAGUUGUCCUCCAGCCACCGAAGCAGAAGAAGAGAAAGAAGCGAAAGUCUCAGAAAGGCUGUUCAAUAUUAUAACAAGGAGAUAUUGGCCUAAGAAGUCCACUUACCAUUUCUGUUACAUUUUCCUACUCAUCUAUCAUCAUAUUAGAGUAGUGGGAUGGUCUUUAGAUGCUAAUAGUUUGACUGACAGAACUGAGUGGCUCUCGCUCUUAUUAGCAGUAUCAGGUGGUGGAUUGGUUAAUUUCAAAUUUGUUGUAAUAUGUAUAUCAUUAUUCACAAUGUUUCUAAACCAGAGAGAGAAGAGUUCUCUGUAAAAUUUAUGUGUUUUAUGAGGAUGUAGUAAUAGAAGUGUGUAAACUAAGCUUUAAGAGGCUUAUACAUACAAUAUCGCAUUUGGUUGUAUUAUAUGUUCAAUUGUAACUUGGAAGCAUUUAAGAAAUCUUGGCCCCCUCUGGUUUGGUUGCUUGCGUGCUUAUAUGCAAUUUUACUUGAA